CAUGGCACGGCUCCAGCCAUUUAAAUUCAUUCACCGCAAAUGUACUCCGUAGGUAAAAGUCGGUGGGAACUCUGCAUCGCCGGACAAAUAGAGUUCCUCUCUUCUUCCAUUCUUCCACCUCUAAAUUCUUCUUCACCCAUCUAUUCUCUCCCUCCAUCACCUCUUGGGUAUUACCUCAACUACGUCACCCUCGCCUCGGUCUGGUCAACCUACCAACCAGACUCCAAGAAAGGCCUGUCAAGAGGAUCCCCAAACCAGGAAGAAUCCCUGCUCACCACCCAUUUCCCAUCGGCGCAAACCGUCUCGAUUGAGCUUCCCCUGCGAGUACUCCUGAUACAAGGGAGAUCCCUUACAGCAAGAAACAUCAUUGCGCAAAAACAAACAAAAGGCGAUCGAGCUGCUCACCACUUCGACCUCUGCGAGCUACGCUUACUCUGACGACUGAAAACCUGCAUCUGCACAGAGCGCAUACUUUCCUCGGGCGCAUUCCCCUAGGCACCUGCACCUUCGUCAGAGGAUAAAGUCGGCGUACACCCUGUGUCGCAUACUUGCGUACUCAGACAUCUUUGCGACUGAGCGAAGUCUCAUCAAUACCCUCAUCGCAUCGCAUCGCAAUUUUGAGCAACAACAACCGUCAUGAUUUUCGGAAUCUUCUUCGCCUUUUGGCGCUUUAUGGAGAUUAUCACUCUGGUAAGCUUUAUUUCAUCAUAUUCUGUUUGCGACGACACCUAAUAUUCCAUAGAUCCCAACCCUCGGAAUGCUAGCCUGGUUUGUCAAUCUAUACGCAGGCAACGACCCACCAAUGUUGACACCAAACUACAUCCUCGUCCUCUUCAUCGUUUCUGUUCUGGGUGCCGUCUGGGCCAUCGCAACCCUCUUCACCUAUCACCGCGCCAAAUCCAACGCCCUCUUCGUCUCCUUCAUCGACCUCUGUUUCGUCGGCGCAUUCAUUGGAGCCGUCUACGAGCUACGAAUGAUUGCCAAAUACGACUGCACCUCCGUCUCGCGAAACGCGAAUCCAUUCUUCUCCGUCACCGCUGGGGAUUCUGGCUUCAGUCUCUCGGGCAUAAAUGUGAAUACGGAUAAGACAUGUGCGAUGUUGAAGGCAAGCUGGGCUUUUGGAAUCAUGAAUUGCAUCUUCUUUGCGAUUACCAGUCUCCUUGCGCUGUUUGUGGGUCGUGGACAUACUAGCAGACGAGAGAAGGAUGUUUAUGUGCGAGAAACUCAUUACUCGCGUCAUGGACACCGCAGAAGCGGUAGUCACCGUAGUCACCGCAGCUCCCACUCGGGGAGACGACAUGCAUAUGUGUAGAUGCGGAAAAGCGGUGUGACGCAUGAUACGAUGAUAUGAUA